AUGGACAAUGGAACAAACUGGUUGAUUGAAAUUGUCUGCCUGAUUUUCUCCAAGGGGGAUCCCAAGUGGAUCCAAUCUGUGCCCAUUUGGGACCGCUCACCCUGGGUAGAGACUGAGGAUGGGUAUAAUGCACUAAAGGAUAAAGAAGGCCCCUUCCUCAUCAGCACCCACCUCCCCAUCCAGCUCAUCCCCAAGUCUCUCUUCAAUUCCAAGGCCAAGGUGAUUUAUCUCAUCAGAAAUCCCAGAGUUGUUCUUGUUUCUGGUUAUUUUUUCUGGAGUAUUUCAACCUUUGUUAAGAAACCAGAGUCACUGGAACAAUAUUUUGAAUGGUUCAUCAAAGGAAAUGUGGUAUAUGGAUCCUGGUUUGAUCACAUUCAUGGCUGGAUGUCCAUGAAAGGGAAGGAGAACUUCCUGAUAGUGAGUUAUGAAGAGCUGAAACAGGACACCAGAAGCAUCGUAGAGAAGAUCUGCCAAUUCCUGGGCAAGAAAUUAGAACCAGAAGAACUGAACUCACUCCUCAAGAAUAGCUCCUUUCAGGUCAUGAAAGAAAACAAGAUGUCCAAUUAUUCCCUCCUGCGUGGUCAGACUUUAGAUGAGAAGAAAGGAUCAAUUAUGAGAAAAGGUAGUAAGAAAAUGCUGUGCCUUCCCAAUAUAUCAGAAUAUGUGGCGGACAUACUGGUGAUAACAGCAGGGCACUAACAGGUGGGACUAGGCAGUGUUUGAAUUCAUCAAGUCUAGUUGUUCACCAUUCAGAGAGCUCCUCAUGUGCCCUUAUCACAAAGUCUCUUUUCACAGCAUUGAUGUGGGCUUCAGGCACUUGGAGGACGUUGACUAGGCUGCAGUGGUCAUCUGACUUUUGAGAGGUCAUUCAGAUUCUCUCUCCUCAGAAUUUGACAUGGGGCAUAUUCAUUCCACAAACACUGACCAGGCUAAUUCACUACUCCCGCCAACUUGCCAGCUGGGAUUGACCUGGGAAGUGAGGGCAGGAUUGGAGAUGGUCAUGUUGGUGUUACCCCACUGGUGAUUUAGCACAGAGAACUAUCCUGAACAAAGAACUAUAUAAAGAAUGAGUCAACUGAGGAAAAGAGAGGAUAGACUUUUCACUUAGCUGAGAGCCUGUCUUGCUAUCAGACGAUAUCAGACCCUCUGUGAGGAAAGAUUAAUGGUGUCCGUAUCCUUGGGCACAAGAUGAAUGAAGAGUGUCUACUGAAUGGAAUAGGAGCUUAAUUUCCCAGAACGCCAUAGUUCAAAUACAUCCAGGAUGGUGAUUCAUGGAAGGAAGAAAUUAAAUUACUCAAAAGACCUCAAUCAGGAGGCAGUUGCCACCGAGGGCAGGGGGGUUGGUUGGCCCCUCCACCCCAGUCGGCCAGGAGAUCAGACCAUCAACACCAAGAGGCUCGUUUUUGACACUUAAAAUCUCAUGGAAGUUGUCUUGCUAGGGUUUGGAAUUGCUUGGCACCUGUGAUCUCUUUCUGCUUUCUGAGUUCUCCCUAUUGGAACUGGAAUAUAUAUCCUAUGCUCCUCCUACCAUUGUAUUUUGGAAGUAGGUAAUUUGUUUGUUUCCCAGGUUCACAGCUGGAGAAGAAUCUUGCCUCAGGAUGAAUCCUACCUCGAUUCUGACCCAUGCCUGAUUUACAUGAUAUUUAGCUGACUUUUGGGCUUAAAGUCGACAUUAGAAUGGGUUUGGACUUCCAGGCAGUUGGGAUCCGUGGACGUAUUUUACGUGUGAAAAGGACAUGAAUUGGUGUGUGGGGGCCAAAAGAAGAAGUAUUAUAGCCUGAAUUAUGUUUCCUCAAAAUUCACAUGUUGAUUUCCUAAUGCCUUGUUCCUCAGAAUGUAACUGUAUUUGGCAAUAAGGUCUUUAACAAUGUGAUUAAGUCAAGGUGAGGUCUAUAGGUUCCCCCUAUUCCAUAAAAUGGUGUCUUUAUAAGAAGAGAAAAUUGGGACACAGGAACAUGCUCACACAAAGAGAAGAUCCUGUGAAGACAGCCAUCUACAUGCCAAGGAGAGAAGCCUGCAGAAGAAACCAACGCUGCUGACACCUGGAUCCUGGACUUCUAAGCUCCAGAUUGUGAGAAGAUAAAUUUGUGUCAUUUAUAAAAUAAUAUCUCUAGCAAUCCUGGCCUUUGACGCUUUACUAAACUUGAAGUAAACUGAAUACCUAGCAUAGAGAGAUUGUCUAUUCUUAGGUUUCCUUUUAUGCAUCAGGGUUUGGCAGAUUUUAAAUUUUAUAUUUAUGUACAAUGCUUGUGAGAAAUUGCUAAAAGGACAAAAGAUGGUUGUUUAAGAGAGAAAGGCAAUGGGAAUUAACAACAUAGAUUUUUGGUAGGGAUAAAAUAGAGCGGAUGCAAUCAAAUUUGGUGCAUAAUUCAAUGACUACACCUUCCAUUUCUUUUUGUCUAGGAUGACUCCUCUGAAGGCAACCAUACUGGAUUUUAACCUUUCCAAAUUACUCAUGGAUUUAUUAUAUACCAUAGAGAGUUGGGAGGAAUAGAUACAGUAAUGAUAAGAACAGUUAAAGCUACAGUGUGAUUAUUAUUGCUAAGCUGAUGGUCUGACUCCACACGUGGCUUGUAAUUGAGUCAUCAUGACAAUCUCAUGGGCUACUAUUUUCCUCAGAAAAGUAUAAUAACUGAUGUAGCUAGUAAGACACAAAUCCCUUUGAUAGACGAUCUCUGAUGCUGGAGACUAAACAUAACUGCCAUGGGUAGGACUUCAAUAUUCUAGGACCAAGGAGACUAAGAAUGGUUGAGUGGGUGAAAGAAAGAAAAAGAAAGCAAGAAAGAAAGGGAUGGAAAGGAAUAAUAUCCUGCUUCUGUGUCCCACAUCUGAUCUGUGUCCUUUCUUUCAUCUGAUAGGCACAUACAGGCCAAAGAUUAAUUUUUAAAUUACUUAUAUCAAUUGUAAUUCAAUAAUUUGUUAUAUAAAUUAUGACAUAAUGAAAAACCAUAUAAAAUAUUGGCUGUCUUUGGUCAAGGGCUAUUCUGUUCCACCUACUUUCACGAUGUUUGGGGUACUUUCGUGCUCAGGAAACAAGAAAAAGACUUUUAUUGUCCCUCAAGGGCUACACUUAGGAGAGUCCUGGAUGUUGAAGUCGCCAUUACUGGAGAUCGAUCUGAUUUUUAGGUAAAAGCAAUAGUCUUCCCUAAUCGACUGUGGUUAUUAUUAUCCUUGAUGAUUUUCAUUCUAAAGGAUGAUGACUGACAGGGGUUAGACGUUCUAUGACUUUUGUUGAACAGAAGGAAGAAUUAAUUUUAAAAACAAUAUAAUAAUUAAUUAAAGAAGUGUGGUAUAAAGUGUAAUAAGCAACAAGCUGCUGACA